AAAAAAAAAAAAAAAAACUGAAAAUAUAUCGGGAUUGUUUUAACUUCUUCAAAGAUCUGAAGGAGGUCGAAUGGUUGAGGAGGAGAAGAAGAUUCUCUCUUAUUAGAUCUUCCUUUGAAGAAGAAGAUGGGAAUCGUAUUCACGCGGAUGUUCUCUUCCGUGUUUGGGAACAAAGAAGCUCGUAUCCUCGUCCUCGGUCUCGACAAUGCUGGCAAAACCACAAUCCUCUAUCGGCUUCAGAUGGGGGAAGUUGUCUCCACGAUUCCGACUAUUGGAUUUAACGUGGAGACUGUGCAGUACAAUAGUAUCAAGUUUCAGGUCUGGGAUUUAGGUGGACAAACGAGCAUCAGGCCAUACUGGCGAUGCUAUUUCCCGAAUACACAAGCAGUGAUCUAUGUUGUUGACUCUAGCGAUACAGAUCGAAUCGGGGUGGCCAAGGAGGAAUUCCAUGCAAUUUUGGAGGAAGAGGAAUUGAAAGGUGCGGUGGUUCUCAUAUUUGCAAAUAAGCAGGAUCUUCCUGGUGCACUUGAUGCUGCUGCUGUGACAGAAGCCUUGGAGUUGCAUAAGAUUAAGAGUCGUCAGUGGGCAAUCUUCAAAACCUGUGCUGUUAAAGGCGAGGGGCUUUUCGAGGGAUUGGACUGGUUGAGUAAUACAUUGAAGUCGGGAAGCGGCUAGAAUCAUCUUCAUACAUUUUCUCGACAUUGUAUCUUCUCUUCUUUACUUGUUUAGUAAAUUGCUUACUUCUUCAUUUAAAGAGUUAAUAUCAGUUGCAUGUUCACUUAUUA